AUGAGUGACACCACCUUAGGUGUUUGCCACGAUGAUUAUAAUACCUUCUUUAGUGAGACUGGGUCUGGCAAGCAUGUGCCAAGAGCUAUAUUUGUUGAUCUAGAGUCCACUGUCAUUGAUGAAGUUGGAGGACGGACUUAUAGACAACUCUUUCACCCGGAGCAACUUAUUUCUGGCAAGGAAGAUGCUGCUAAUAACUUUGCUAGAGGACAUUAUACAGUUGGUUGGGCAAUUGUGGAUCUUUGCCUUGACCAAGUGAGAAAAUUGGCUGAUAACUGCGCUGAUUAUGGAAAGAAGUCAAAACUUGGCUUCUCCAUCUACCCUUCUCCUCAGGUUUCUACUGCUGUUGUGAAACCUUAUAAUAGCAUGCUCUCAACUCAUUCUCUCCUUGAACACAAUGAUGUUGCUGUGCUUCUUGACAAUGAAGCUAUAUACGAUAUCUGUAGGAGAUCCUUGGACAUUGAAAGACCAGCUUAUUGA